CCGCAAACAUCCAACAAUCCACCAUCGCCACCACCACGAACCACAUGAGCCUGAACAAGAUCAAGAAGCGGGACGCGAGCGACUUAUGACUGAUGCGCUCCAAGGGCAACGUCGGCGUCGGCGUUGGCGUCGGGGUCAACGUCGGCGUCGCCGUUGGCAGCGGCAGCCGGUACAAGGUGACGGCCCGCUGCGUCCCGGAAGUGAGCAUCACGUCGCCGACAUCCGGCGCCAUCCAGCCCAAGCACUUUGCCCUGCUCCGCAGUCGCUCGCAACCGUCGCCGCCGACGUCUAACAGCCUUUUCUCCACGCCAGGCGGGGCCACUCUGGUCGAGGAGGAGGAUUUCAGCUUGGCCAGCGGCAGUGGUACAGCAGCGGCCAAGAACGUGCUCCAGCGCCAGCUGGCCACCACCGUCCAGCAGGACGAUCCGGACCUGGAGCAUUCCGCCCAGCAGCAGGAGCAGCACAGCAAGUUGCCCGAGCCGGCGGAGCCUCCCAAUGAGCUGACUCCGCUGGUGGAGGAGCCCGGUUCCAUUGCACCAGCAGCCACUUCAAGCCAUCGCUAUAGCCACAACUCCAAGACCACGCGCUCCUGGCCAGUCAUCUACCGCAAUCCUCACCACUGCGACUACGAGGCCUUGUACGUACAACAGCAGCAGCAGCAGCAGAGCUUCAAGCAGAACUGCUACUCCAACCAGUUCAAGCAGUCCAUCGUCUAUUCCAGCAGCAAUGAGGAGCUGCCCGGCGGUGAGCCAGUAGCCUCGAGUUCCGCCGAGAACCGCCAGACCACGUGCUACUACUUCGCACCCAGCCGGCACAACAGCAUUUAUGAGCACCCCUCCUCGGUGGUCGGAGGAUCCCUGCAGUUCGAUAAUCCCACGACCACAGCAGCGGCGGCGGCGGCCGUCGAAAGUUUGAGGCGGAGCAACAGCAUCCUGUUGCGCCAGAACAGCUGCGCCAAGGUAAUCCAGCGUCGGGGCAGCGGUAGCGGUUCACCCACCUCCCUGGGCUCGCAGAUGGAGGGACUGGGCAUGGGAAUGGGCGGCGGGGGAGCGGGCAGCGCCUGCUGUUCCAGUUGCUGCAUGGGCCCGCCACCGGUGCUCUUCCUGUUCGUCACCCUGCUGAUGACCACCAGCGCCACGGCCAUGCUGUGCGCCGCCAUUAUGACCGACCACUGGGAGCAUGUUACGUGGGAUCGCAAUAGCCUCGAUCGCUACUCGAAUCGGUCAGGACUGCACCUGGAGUGGCUACUCGACGACCAGGUGGCCAUGCUCAAGCCGGACAAGAGGGCCGAUCAUCGUUUCCGGCGCGACUCCGUGUUCCUGGUGCCCAUGCACGGCGGCAUUUGGACGCUGUGCAUCGACCUGCCCAUUCAGCAGCUGCAGGAGCUGCGGCGCAAUCCCAAGUUCCCGCGCGGUGCUCCGCCGUGUGUCAACUAUCUGGCCGGCUCCAUGGAGAACGCCCGCGGAGAGGAGCAGCGCAACGACUGGCAGCACAGUGAGUCACAGGUCACUCUGCAGCCGCAUCUGAGAAUGCAAAAUCUCUCCAUAUCCUGCUCAUUGGUCUGCCUCAUUAUUUUGGGCAGUGCUGCCCUCGUGGGAGCCUUCGGCGUCUGCCAGCGCCAAAUCAGCGCCAUACUCAUCACAGGGGUGAUGUAUUUACUGGCGGCUCUCUUUGCCCUAUUCACUCUGAUGAUCAUCCAUUUCAAGCGGCAGCAGGGACGUCCAAUGCUGGACAGCGACUAUGAUGGAACCGUGGAUGGGAUUGUGGCGCGACCAGGAGGUGUGGCCAUCAUGGCUAAGCCGCUACUGGGGGCACGCAUCUUCCUGACCUCGUGGAGCCUUGAUCUGGGUUGGGGCGGGGUGGUACUGUGCGCCAUCACCUCAGUUCUGUGGAUCCUGCUCUCCAAGAUCAUGCGGUAUAACCCGUUCUCGGCGCUCAUGAUUUAGCUAAACGCCUUGCCGCUCGGCGUCUACGGAGCCAGCUAUGGAAGUCCUGGCAGCUGCGAGAGCUACGGCAGCUAUGGGAGCACCCACUCCCACGGCGGCACCAGUAGUGGCGGCAGCUCCAGUUUCCUCCUGGCGGCGGUCUCGUCGACGCGGCAAGCGGAGCAACGGGGCAAGGGGAAAUACAUCCUAUAGGCAAUGCCCUGUCCCGCCAUCACUUUCAAACUAACCGUUUUUUCGCCCUUACUCAACUUAUUUGGGGAUAGCUUCCGAGGGUAUCAAAAUUGAGGUUUUUAUAAAGCUUUUAUAAUUUGGAAGGCUGUUAUUUAAUUUCAAAAGAACCUGUUCUGUACAAAUUUGUUGUUUUAAGAAUUUAUAGCACAGAACAUUAUAUAAAAAAGGUUCAAAUAAUUUUAUAUGAAAAAACUGUUUAUUUUUGAGCAAAAUACGACUAAACCCUAAGCAUUAUUAAAAGCGUAACAAGUUUAAGGCCUUCGGAAGUGCACCCAUUAUCCUGAUGUAAACCUUCAUAUUAGUUAGCUAUGUUUGAAAUGUACCAAACUAAAAAACUCAAUUGCCUUGUUCUUUAUAUAUACACACACAAAUUAUACAACUUAAACUUGUACUUAUUCUUAUUGUACGAUGUACUUAACUUAUCUUAACUUAACCCAAUUGUAAAUUCAAUUUACACGCUCUAUUUACAAUUAAACCUUUUUGUAUACAUUCAAUUUGACUCUAAUUCUACACGACUCUUAACACUCCACAAAUCCUAGAAACAUGAGCAUGUAACAUGUAAAAUGUGAGACAUUUAUUUACACGAGACGAGCGAAAUGGGAAUCGGAAUUCCUUUAAAAGGCUUUGGCUUUUAAAUGCUUUCUAGUAACAGUUCGCUUGCCUAGCGUUAAUACAGCCCAGCACUAGAUUUUAGGGCGUGACAGUUGCUUAAAAUUAGACAAACUAACUGGAGAAAUAGAGAGAUAAAGCUGAACGAAAAAUCAGGUAGAAAAAAAAGUAAUAACUGCUUGUUACAUUUAUAGAACAGCUUGUUUGGAGAGGAUGAAAUCAUGAAAUGCCUCAGCUUACGCUUAGUUUCCCCGAUUCAUAGCCCUCCAUCCAGUUGGUUUAGUAGAAUUUUAGGGUUUGUCACAACAGCAUAAUGAACUGUAUAACUUUACGAGCACUUCUAGAGCUCCAGGGGUACAAUUGUACGCGAAGCAUAAUGUAAUGAGAUCAUCUAGUGCUUUAGAACAAAUGGUUUACAAAACGUAUUGUACUUGUAUAGAAGCCACCACAAACCAAACAGCAUGCUAGAAGUAUAAAAUUGUAUUUUUAUGCGAACGCUUUGCCUUAAAACAAACAAAAACAAGGACAACUUAUUUAAAUACAAGAAAAUAAUUUCUUUUAAAAAGUUUA